AUGUUUUGUCGGUUUUGUGGUGAGGUUAGGGUCGGCGGGCGUCGAGGCGUGGUUUUGUGGUCAUAUUUUGCUCGAUGGGUGGGUCUUGCUAGCCGUCACCAGGUCUUGGUGAAGGGAGUGGUUUGGCUUGCACCUGGGCGAAGGUCUGGCUCGGGGGGCCAUCUUCGACCCUCGGCUCCCUGUUGGCUCCGAUUAUGUUGUUCUUCCGGCGUGCUAGCGAUCGCUGUUGUCGAGUGGGCGUCGUCCACUUUCUUGGAUGCCAUGGCCGCAGUGAUGGUAGUGGUUGGCUUACGGGCGGAGCGCGACUCUUGGGCUUGUUGUUGCGUGCGACUAUUGGCCGGAGAUUGGGGCUUAUGUCUACCGUCAUGUUUCUUUCGGUGUCGAUGGUCCUUGGGCUGCGAGUGUCGUUUGAGGUGGCGGGGCGGGACUUUUUGGCUUCGGUCUCUUAGAGUUAUCUGUUGUGGUGUUUCAGGGGAAGUCUCCAGUCCGUCAAUCCGAGUCGAGUUAGCCGUAGGAGGAGUCUCUCGACCCGUGUGUUUGUACUGGGUGCCGGAGGCUCUUCUGUUUCCUGCUUUGGAGUCGGUUGGGUGGCGAAGGUACCAGGUGCUAGUCGGCUGA